AUGAGUAGCUUUGUAGACCUGGACGGCGGCGGCGGGCUGCCGUCUAGUGGUUUGCCGUACUAUAGCUAUGUCGCCUUCCAAGAUGUCCUCGCCGGCCCGUCUCACCUUCACUCUCCAUCACACGCAAAGUUCCAAGCAGAGAACGCGACGACGGCGAAGAUCCUAACUACGGCACAACUUUUCAAUGCUUCCAGAGUCAUGGAUAUCACCAACAUUGUCCGCGCCUCGGUCGCGGUAGUGCUGCUGUUCCUCGUUCUCCUGAGGCCGCUUCUUCGCAGGAGACCCGCGUGGUGCUCUGGCUUUGCCCAGGAGUCUUCGUACGGGGAUACGACACAUCCAUCUCUGAAAAAGGCCUGGACGUUCUGGACAGUCUACCUCUUCGCGGUUACGCUGGCUGGGCUGGUUCAGGGCGUGUCUUCUACUCUCGCACAACCACGCCGCGUUUUUGACUUACUAGACUUGGUGCCCUGGAUUGUUGCCGCUCUAAUCACCGCCAUGGAUCGGCCUACCAAGACGCCCAAGACGCUGUUGUUUCUCUACCUGACGAUCCUGUCUUGUGGCGUUGUCUCGACGGCAUUCAGUUACAGACUCCACAGACUAGUCCAUACGCUCAUCCUAGCGGACCCGGUCAUCAGCAUGGCCGGCAUUAUUGGUAUUGUAGCCAUGCCGAUGCGGGACCCAUCGCUCGGCGACUCUGACAUUGCGCGCGCCGAACCCACCGACCAGCUCCGCAGUCCCGAAGACAACCUCUCUCUGUGGAGAUUCAUGACCGUGUCGUGGAUGGCGCCCAUGAUUUCAAAGGGCUAUGAGAAGCAGCUGCAUAACGAGGAUGUGUGGCAACUGCCGUUUGAUUUUCAGCAUGAGCGCCUCCACGGGCUAUUCCACGAGCUUCGUGGGUCUAUGACUGCCAAGCUAUUCUCGGCAAACGGUCUAGACUUGAUCAUUCAGUCGUUUCUUGGAAUCAUUGAAUGCGCUGCUGCGCUCUCCGUCCCCAUGUUGCUGCAGCAGCUCCUGAGGGCCAUCCAAAGCGGGUCCAAGAACAUUGAAGUGUCCAUCCUGUACGCCAUUGGCAUUUUGGCCGUUCGUCUUAUCGCCUGCCAGGCUGCCGUUUUUCAACUCUGGUUCUCGAGACGCUGCUAUGAGCGGUCUCGCGGAGAGAUGAUUACCACACUUUACGCCAAGACCUUGUCGCGGAAACACUUUGGUCAGCCGGCUGCCGAGAAGAUGUUGAAUGGAGCCCAGGAAGACGGAAACGAUGAGAGCGACGACGAUGAUGAAGAUACAGAAGUCGCUACCGAUGACAAUGAAAGCGGCAGCGAACCCACCAGCCGGUUCGGGAAGCUGUUCGGAUGGUUCAGACGUGGACGAUCAACAAAUCAAAAGUACCGCCGGGUACAAGAUCAGAAACCAUCGAGGCAGCCUGCUACCACUGGAAAGAUUCUCAAUCUGAUGAGAAAUGACGUCUACGAGGUUGCCCAGCGCUUCUGGGAGUUCCCGGCACUGGUCGUGAAACCGCUCCAGUUCAUCUUCUCCUUCUUCCUCGUCUGGCAGCUCCUUGGCUGGUCGUGCAUGUUUGGCAUGCUCUGCGUCUUGCUUGCUCAAAUGCUUAACACCGUCUUCAUCACCCAGCUUCUCAAGAGGGAGCGCGUGCGCAGGGCUGCCACUGAUGCUCGGUUGCAGUCGACGUCCCAAUUUGUCGAAGGAAUAAGGCACUUGCGAUGGUACGACUGGCAGUCAAAGUGGUUGGACGCUAUCAUGGUCACUCGACGACAUGAACUGAGGACGAGAGUCGUGACUGGAUUGUGGAGUAUCGCGAUUUCCACACUUAACAUCACCUCUGGCACACUUUUCCCGGUUGCGACCUUCUUCGCCUAUACGUUCAUUGCCGGAAAGACUCUCUCCGUUGAUGUGGCCUUUCCCGCUCUAUCCCUCUUCACUCUUCUAGAGACUAGCUUCAAGGAGCUGCCGGGGCUCAUCACAGUUGUUCUCAAUGCAUCUAUCGCCAUGGGCCGUAUCGAGGAGUUCAUGAGCGAGCCGGACAAGGAUGGCGUGUUCUCGGACCACCUCACAAACGAUAUCAAGUUCACAAAGGCAACAUUUGCAUGGCCUGGAUACGAGCAACCCGUGCUUAGAAAUCUCGAUAUCAGCUUCCCGCAGGGCCUUACGGUCAUAUUUGGCAAAGUCGGCUCUGGCAAGACCGCAUUACUGCAGGCGAUUCUCGGAGAACUCGACCGGCAAAUAGGCGAUGUGGUCAUCCCAACUGAGCCCAUUGGGUACUGCGCUCAAAGCCCUUGGCUCCAACACAUGAGCAUCCGCGACAACAUCCUUUUUUCAGCACCCUUUGACUCCGCGAGAUAUACCCAGACUCUUGAUGCGUGUGCCCUGCUUCCCGACUUGGCCACAUUCAAACAUGGAGACCUGUCCGACAUGGGCGAGAACGGAAUCGGUCUGUCGGGCGGACAAAGGGCGCGGGUUGCACUGGCCCGUGCUGUGUACAGCCGGUCUCGCGUGCUGUUGCUGGACGACCCUCUCGCUGCUCUGGACCAUAACACGGCUGAAUCCAUCGUAAAGAAGCUCCUCCAAGGCCCGCUGGUGGAAGGCCGGACCGUGGUGCUUGUCACUCACAGAGUAGACUUGUGUCUUCAUCUCGCUGGCCAGAUGGUCGAAGUGGUCGACGGCACCGCUCGUGUCUUGAACUCGGAGGAGGCAUCGGCAGAAGUCGCCAAGUUUCUCCUGGAAGACGAGGAUCCGGCUGCUCACCAGGACGAGCAUGAGCACACCCUCGACGAAACUCAGCAAGACGCCGCCAUACCGUCCAAGUUUAUCGAAGAGGAGCACCGCGCCCACGGCGGCGUCAUGUUGUCGGUUUACUGGACCUAUAUCAAGGCUGGCAAGCUCAAGUGGUGGGCUGUGUUGGUGUUGGUCUUUGCAUUGUUCAGACUGGGCAGUCUGCUCAACUACUGGUUCCUCAAAGCUUGGGGUGAAGCGUACAAGCACGAGAUAUCGACAAAGGGAGCGUCCGACGGCAUUGACUUUUCCAAGCUUUUUGCUGGGCUCCCGGAUCCAGACACCGAUCUGAGGCCCUGGCUGUGGGUGUAUCUUGGAAUCGCGGUUACUCAGGCUGUGAUUUACACGUUGUCUGAAGGACUGACCUUGCUCAUGAUCAUUACCGCGGCAAGGGAUCUCUUCAAGAGGGUCAUCAACAAAGUCGGCCGUGCAACUUUCCGCUUCUACGACGUUACUCCAGUGGGGCGCUUGAUGAACCGCCUCGUCUCUGACAUUGGAAUGAUCGACGGCGGCAUCAUGAGACCGCUACGCGAAGUUGCUGUUCAGUCCAUCACUUGGUUCUCAAGCAUGGUCGUCAUCGCCUCCGUCACACCACUCUUCCUCCUCUUCUCGGUUGGUAUGACGCUCUGGUUCGUCUACAUCUUUAUGCGAUUCCUGCCCACUUCUCAGAGUCUACGAAGGCUCGAAAUGGUCUCCCUCAGCCCUCUCAUGUCUAACUUUGGUAUCUUGCUCGACGGGCUGGCAACCAUCCGCGCCUUCAAGGCCCAGCACCACUUCCAGAACAUGAACAUUGUCGUCACGGAUGCCUUCCAGAAGAUGGAUCACUUCUACUGGAGUCUUCAAGCCUGGCUCAUGUACAGAUUCGAUGCCCUCUCCGCCAUCUGUACCUUUGCGCUCACUCUGCUCGCGCUGUACAAGGGCCUCUCGCCCGGUUUGACCGCCUUCGUCUUGACGACUGCAUCCGCAUUUGUCGAGGCAACUCAUAACCUCUGCAAGCAAUACGGCACCCUGCAGAUGGACUUUGUAUCAGUCGAGCGUGUGAUUGAGCUUCUGGAUAUUCCCGAGGAGCCUUGCGGCGAACUGACGCCGCCCACCAGUUGGCCUCACCACUCGGACGACGUCAUCUUCGAUAACGUCACUUUGAGGUACGCACCUCACCUGGACCCUUCGAUCUCGGAAGCCUCCUUCACCAUUCCCGGGGGUUCCACGUGCGCGGUGCUCGGCAGGACGGGGUCUGGUAAGUCCACCCUAGCCCUCGCCCUCCUCGCGACCAUUCACCCUUCCGAAGGCGCCAUCCGCGUCGGAAACUACAAGCUGUCAGACGUGGACGUCCACGUAUGGCGGCAGCGCGUCAGCUUCGUCGCGCAAGAUCCUGUGCUCUUCCCCGGAACGCUGCGGGACAACCUCGACCCGCUGCACCAGUACACCGAUACCGAGUGCGUCGUCGUCCUCCACCGGGUCCUCGGCGCCGGGUGGGACCUGUACUCCCACGUCGAGGGCGGCGGGAAGAACCUGAGCCAGGGACAGCGGCAGCUCAUCGGGAUCGGCCGGGCCGUCCUCCGUAGGAGUCCUAUUGUGGUGUUGGACGAGGCUACCGCGUCGAUUGAUAAGGAGACGGCGGCUAGGGUGCAGGAGGUGCUGAGGAACGAGUUGACUACGAGCACCGUCAUUACGAUUGCGCACCGGCUUGAGGCUGUUCAGGAUGCAAACUACUUUAUCCGCUUGGACAAGGGGAAGAUUGUUGAGCAUGGCCCGGCGCAGGGGAUUCAUCAGUAA